AUUAGGUCAUAGGGACAGAAUCGUUCCUUAGUCUAAUGGUGGUGCAUCUUUCGAUCUUUGAAAUGUAUCACAAAAAAACCGCAGAAAUAAUUCUGAAACUUUUGGUGAUUCAUAUAUUAACAACGAGAGUGUUCACAAAUGAUUGCUCUAAAAAUCAGUUCCGAUCAAGUUUUACCGACGAUUGUUCAAACUGUCCUGAGAACCCAAGCAUCAACUGCGGGAACGAAGGUUUUGACCAGGGGGCCUGCGAAGAGAAAUGUGUCAUCAUCAAUAAUGAGGGCACGUCAUCGAGCAGUAACAAAAUUGGUGUAGCUAUUGGUAUUUCAAUUGGCGUUCUGUCGCUUGUGACAAUCAUCGUUGGUUUGGGAUUGUGUUGGCACAGAAAAAGAAAAAAAAGUACCAAUGGUAAUGCGGAAGAUUUGAACCACGAGCCUAGGGAAUAUGAACCCAGACAAGCUGAAGAAAACACAGAACAGAUUCUAGCCCUAACUGGCCAAGACUCAGUGACUUUGCCAGAAGCAUCGUAUACCUUGGAUAAGGGGUAGUUUAUACGUCGUAUUUUGGUCGGAUCGAGUCGAAUGCAAUUUAGACAAUAAUGAGAUAAAGAUUUAGGUUUCGUCGUACUUGUCGUGAACAUAUCAAGGUGGCUGAUGCGAUAUAGUAUUUCUAUGUAUGCAUGUACAAUCAUGGCAAUAAUGAAUUUGAAUACAGAAAUUAAGACAAAUUUAGAACGGGACUCCUUGGUCGCAUUCAACUAAACUUUUUUACAACUAAUUCAAGUAUUUAAGGCUGGUUUUCAUAUAACAUAAUUCGUCUUAAUUCUGUCAUCAUUCCGUCAUAACUUAAGGCCCCAAAGCGCUAUUUUCUCAUA